GAGACUAACCGCGGUCCUUCUAGCACGUCAUCCCUUGCCUGAAUGACAGAUAAACGUGUCUCGCUUUUUCCACCACGCUUGAAUGAAUGGCCAGCACGGUGAGGAGUGGACAGCAGGCCCGGUCACUCGCUCCUGGGAUCCCACGCGAGCUAAUGAAUUCUUGUUUGGUUGGCGGCCUUGGCGGGUGUGGCGCCGCCCGGAAUCCUCACUACCAGCAGCAAGGAGGCGGUGGCGAAUGUGCCGAGGCCCGAGAGCCGAAAGAAGUUCAGCCACUCAGUCCUCCCUCAGCCGUGGCAGUGAGGAGAUACACUCGCUCACUCGCCUCCCCGCCCCCGUGUGCUCCAGAGUGGGGGGCGGAUCACCACUUGCUUCACCCAGCCUCAACACAGUGAAUACUACACACACGAUGAUUUGAUUAGUGUAAAGACUGGACAUUCUUUAUUGUGUCAGUUUGGCGUGAAUAAGUGAACCAGAGAAGUGAAGCAAGCAACAUUUAAUAUUCCGAACAAACACUUGGCGUAACUAGAAAGCUGCUGUCUUGCGUUUCUUUUUAAUUAACAGCUAGUGAGUUACAUGCGUGUGUGUGUCGAUGUAUAAUGAUGAAAUAACACGAAGAGAAUGAUGUUAUCUUUCUAUUAGUGGCUAGGAGGAGGCAGAACAUCACAUUACUCGCAUCGGUCCCCUUCCGCCGCCCAUGACAGCGAGGCGCUCAUGAAAUUUAGGGAGCCGCCCCGUGAAGUGUGUUAGCGCGUCGAGUGUGACAAAAGUGCGUGCGUGCGUGGAGGACUUUCACUGGGUUUUCUUCACGAGUUUUCUUUUCCUGGCAGACUUCGCGCUCCAGUAACGGUCCUCGGCCGGAAUCAGCACAGAAGUAGUCGCCGAGGAAGAGCCAUGAGGUGUGUUUAUCGAGCUCCCGCGGGCCUACAUGAAUUAUAGGCUGACCGUCUAUAUAACCGCUCCUUAGGCCUACGCAUAGUCCCUCAUCUGUGCUCAGCUUCUACAUCUCCUACGCCGCCUGGAGCAUAAUACAUCCAUGCCCACACCUCACCCGACUGGGUACAUACCUUGAUUCUCACGCACCCUGCAGGCCGUACACGAGUGGCCGCCUCUCCCACGCACACUUGAGGCCCCAGCGAAGUCCCAGCAACGCCCCCACGAGUCCUCUCAAUUAAUUCGCCCCCUCGCUGCUCCGUCACCCAAGACUCCCGCAAUUCUGGCGGGGGAAGGAUAUCACGGGACUUGAGGCAGUGACAGAGGGACGGGAGGAGAAGGAAGGAGAGGAGAGGGAAAGGUAUUGAAGACGAGGUAUAGAAGACCCUCAAAAUGACCCUCACAGAGACGCCUUCUCCAGAGCUUCCUCCAGAGUACCCGGAGGAGGAGGUCAUCACCCUGCUGCCCUGUACCAUAUGCAACAGAACCUUCAACCCGCAGGCGCUCGACCGGCACAGGAAGGUUUGCGAGAAGCUGUCCACGAAGAAACGCCAGGCCUUCAACUCCACCAAGCAGCGGGCGGAAGGAACUGACCUGACCGGGAGCCAUAACAGGGCGGCGGAGGUCAAAAAUCACCCGAAGAGCAAGACGAAAUGGCGGGAGAGGCACAAGGAGUUCCUCAGGGCGAUCCGGGCAGCAAAGGGCAUGUCAGACGACGACGACCCCGCUUCCAACGUGCCCUCAGACUACAUACGCUGCCCCCACUGCGAGCGGCACUUCGGCCCCAAGGCAGCGGACCGACACAUCAGCUGGUGCCGUGAGCAGAGUACCCGCGUGCCCAGGUCCCCGGCAGACAACCAGGCCGUCGAGAGGCUCAAGUCCAGAACGAAGUACGUGCCGCCCAAGCCUGGUCAGAAUGGGUGGCGAGCUCCCAAGAAGAGUGAUGUCAUCUCCUCCAUCCCUCCACCCAGCACCGGCCCCACGCCCGUGCCCGUCCCGCAGCCCUACGCCCUCAGGGAACUCAGCCCACCCCUGCAGGGACGCCACCACAGCCCCACGAGGUCCGUCAGCCGCCACACCAGCCCGCCGCUCCCUACAGGUCGCCACGUCAGCCCUCCCCCGCACCACCUCCCCCACCACCCUCCGGCCCCGUCCUCCACCUCCUCCUCCCGGCGCCCUUCCAUCGCCUCCUCCGUGGGCACCAUGUCGCUGGGCCGGUCCGUCGGGAGGCACUUCACCAACAUGCUCAAGUCCUUGACGGGGAGCAACGCCAGCUACGGACAUUCCUCGGGCUACGGGCAGUCGAAGCACGGUCACUCCUCGGGCUACGGACAGUCAUCGGGCUACGGACAGUCAUCAGGUUACGGACAGUCAUCGGGUUACGGACAGUCAUCAGGUUAUGGCCAGUCCUCAGGGUACGGACAAUCACACUACGGACAGUCCUCAGGCUACGGACAGUCAUCGGGCUACGGACAGUCAUCGGGGUACGGACAGACGUCUUAUGGACUCUCAAGGAACCAGCCCGGGCGGUCAUCGUUCUCGGCGCUGAGUUCCCCGGUGAUGCGGCAGCGGUCAACGCGCUCCUCUUUGCGCCGCACGUCCUCGAACGCCCCAAUGGCACGCCGCAGGGACCUCGCCUCCGACAUGAUGGCCAGUGUGUGCAUCGGAACGAGUCCCAAGAGAGGCGAGCCCGAGGGGGACGAGGCCGGGGACACCACGCCCAGCUGCUCCAUAUCGCGCCAGGAAAGCUUCUCAAAUAAAGUGGAGAAGGAUAAAGUCAACAACAGGAAGAAGGAAAAGGCAGUGUUGAACGAUAGUGGCGAGAGGACUUUGCUGGAACUUCAUGUCACGGUGGAGGAGGAGGAGGAGCAAGAAGGAAAAGAGGAAGAUGAUGAUGAUGAGGAGGAGAAUUGGACUCGUGAUAAAACCAGAGUUGUCGAGGAAAAUAUGAAGAAUAAAUACAGCUGGAGAAUCACUGAGGAAAAUGAUACAUACGCCGAGAGAAAGAUCAGCUCUAACAGUGACGACACGGUGACUUCAGUAGACGCCAGUGACUCCGGGGUGGACCUUUUCAACUCCUCAAGCUUCACCAUGGAUUCCGGGAUCAGUGCGAAUGCCGCUGACCCAGAUAGCGACACCGAAGUCCUGAAGGAGCUCCAGUACAGUGAGGACGAGGACGAGGAGCCAGAAGGAUGCCUCGAUAUCCCGACGGAGGAGAACUUUCUUAAAUCGUCUACCUCGGUGAGCGGCGACGAUGAUGGCGCCGAGACGAGUUACUUCGGAAGGCCUCGAUCGGUGCACUUCGAAGAUGAGCACUGGGAGGACGGCGAGUACAGAAUAAAGAACUCUCAAGACGCCGAAUAUUCGUCCUGGAGCGGCGCAAGACAGACCUACGGGACGGAAAAACACCCAAGCAAUAACCACUUUGAAUCAUCGCUGACUCACGCAAACAAGACGUACCGGAAAUCCGAACUUCAGCCUCUCCCCAAGAAUGGCAGUGACCUCGAGUCUCUCCAGAAGUCAGUGGUGCACCAAGCAGCUGGUCGUCCCAAUAAUGUCAAGAGUGCCAACAGGGAGAGCGUGAGGGAGCUUUUGAGGCGCAAGAGAGAGGAAGUAGAAGACGUGUUGGCGACCGAUGGACGGAGAAGGCUGCCGUCCAAUGAAAGAACCGCAGGAGGUGAGGAUUGGGGCCUAGACAGAGGAAGGACGCCCUCUAACGAAAGAAGCGGCGGCUGUGUGGAAGCAAGAUCCGCAGAGAGACGAAGACUGCCCUCCAAGGAAAGACAGGGAAGGAGCACAGAGAGGAGUUACGCGGACAAGAGAGCGGAGUCAAAGGAGAUUAACGUUGGUGGCAGGGAAGGAGGACAAUCAGAGAGAAGGGGAAUGUUGAGGGAAAGAAUGUAUAGUGUGGAAGGGAGACCUCAGGAAAGAAGAACGAUAUCCUCAGAACGGACAGGUGGCGUGGAGGGAAGGUCCAUAGAUAGGCUACGGAAAACCCACUAUAGGGAAAGAACGCAUAGGGACUCCACUCGAAAACUUGACAGAAAAGGCGAUAAUCGAAGUGUUGAAAGGAGUGCCGAUGGUAAAAGUGGAGAUAGUGUUAGAAAUACGGAGAAACUGACCAAUGGAAGAAAAUUCGAGGAGCCAAGAACCCGUAAUGGAAAUGGACAGAGUAAAAUGCCUCACACAGACAACUCAGUGUAUCCGGAGAAGCGUUCGCACAUGUCACGCUCACGAAGUCCUAAGAGAGAAAACGGGCGUCGUCAAGGGGUGACUGCGCUUCCCGGGCCGGUGGAUGAGCGUGAGGCCGGAGUGGUCAUAUCGAGGAGGGACUAUGCCAUGUUCAAGUCGCUGGUCGGCUCAGGGGGUGAAAGAGUGACCAAGGAGUUUGUGAAGACUACUAACGGAAUGAACAAAAAACUCAGGUCUCCAAAACUCGGCAGUCAGAGAAGGUGGAGCGACACGACCAACACCUCCACCGAGCUUGGAGGUGAGUCGUCCAACAUAAAGUCUGCACGGUCGAGUCUCAGUAGGCUUCUGGGGAACAAGAAUUCUCAUACCAAUGGCAGACUCACAAGCGGUGGUUUGACUCUCGAGAACCUGCACAGUCAGCAGACGUCUAGCAUGAGUGGCCUGGAGGGUGGCAGAAAGAACUUUGACAGCGGCCAAAACGACUCACAGAACCGGGUGUCGAGCGGGUCGUCCUCAGACUCCUCGCUGCCGCCGGUGUCCUCGCCCUCCGCCACCAAAGAGGAGAUCGGCAGCACCUCCCUGUCCAUGAAGAUGCCCAGGUUCUGCCAUGAGUGCGGCCACAAGUACCCGGUGCUGAUGGCCAAGUUCUGCUGCCAGUGUGGCUCCCGUCGGCCCAGCGUCGAGUCCUGAUGCGGCGGAGCGCCGAGUCCUGCCGCUGAUCCGAGGAGCAAGGGCCGGGGGACUGACCAAUGGUGUUCGAUGUGAUUUUGAAUACUUGUCUUUUCCGUUAUUUGUUAACGUCUAGAUUCCGUUUUAAUGUUUCCUUCAGAUACAUAACUCCCGAAAGUUUCCUUAAUUCACUUGAAAGUCAAAAUACUCCACUUGGAAAUAUUACUUGGUAGUAUUUUAGAAACAUAUAAAACACUAAUUGACGCAGAAUGUGCAGAAUGUGAGAAUCAACGAUUGAUACCUAAAACUCCCCCUCGUGUUGGGGUCGUCGCAGCUAACCGCUCUGCUCUGCUAACCAACAACCCUCACCAGCCCUCGGAGGCCGGCCCGCGGAGGCACGCCCUUCACUGAACACAAGACGGGCCUCCUAGUCCCCUCUUUAUGAUAAAAAAAGAUCUGAACACGCAUUUCUUUCUGUAAACAUGUUUUGAUUCGCAGUGCAGGAAUCAAAAAAAAAAAAAAAAAAAGAUAAGCAAA